GAACCCAUCGAAGCGGGAGGAAGGGCGUGAAGGUACUUUGGUUUCUUACCGCCUAGCGCUUUUCUCCUCCUCGACUCCUCACCAUGGCCGGCGAUGAGCGUCCGACUCCGUCCUCCGCCGCUGUCGUCUCCUGCCCCGUCGCCGAGUCCAUUCCGUCGCCUCCACCGCAAGAUCCCGUCGGAUCACCUAGUCGCGAUAUGCCUGAGAUUCAAUCAUUGACAUCCGAAGACGAUCACGACCACGGAAACAGGGAGAAUCACGAUCACGCCCACGAACACGCAGUUAGGGCCGCUGUUCUCUUGGAGGAUCUGAAGCACAGGAUCAUUAAGCAGGUAGAGUACUACUUCAGCGAUGAAAACUUGCCCACUGAUAAGCACUUGAUGGGAAUAAUUAAGAAAAACAAGGAAGGUUUUGUUCCUAUAGCUCUUAUUGCUGCCUUCAGGAGAAUGAAAAAACUUACUCAAGAUCAUUCAUUUAUCGCUGCUGCACUGAGGGAAUCCUCUGUGCUUGUUGUGAGUCCUAAUGGGAAGAAAGUCAAGCGACUCCAUCCUAUUCCAUUGCCUGAGACUAGGGAUUCGAAGUUAUUUACUAUUUUGGUAGAAAAUCUACCUGAGGAUCAUUCAGAGGAGAAUAUCCAACGAAUUUUCGGAGCUGCUGGACGCGUAAGAAGUAUUACCAUUUGUGACCCACAUGCGGCAGACAAGUCGGGGAAAAGUGGGAAGGGCGAUGUGCUGAUCAGUAAUAAGUUACAUGUCCUUGUGGAGUAUGAGACUUUUGAAGCUUCUGAGAAAGCUGUGGCAACUUUAAACGAUGAGCGAGAUUGGAGAAAUGGCAUGCGGGUUAAGCCUCUUAAGCAUCUGAGUAAGCAUGGCCAGAGGAAACAACACCGGAGAGGAUCUGAUCCAGAAAAGAACAGCACCGGACGAGUAACUGAACAAAAUGGGGAUGAAGAAAUUCAGAACAUAGUUGACCAUCAUGAUGAUGUGCCUGAUGAGGAGGAGGGCGAUCAUCAAACCAAGGACAAACAUGGGCAUAGAGGUCGAAAUCAAAAUCAAGGACGAACAAGAAGACAAAAGUACAAGGGCGUCAAUGGAAUGGGCCACGGAACUACUACAUCCUCUGCUCAUCCUGUUGAACUCUCGAAGCCACCCCCAGGCCCGAAAAUGCCUGAUGGAACUCGAGGAUUCACAAUGGGACGCGGACGACCUCCAACCUCGAAUCAGAGUUCAUAGCAAAGAAUUGCAUAAAAUGGCUAUGUAGAAAUUUCACUUUUUGUGUUUGCUUUGAUUGAUGGGGUAUGGAAUAUGCGUGGAAUGUAACGUAUUGUGUCGUGUUUAUAUUGAAAGCGUCCUCGUACGUUACUGAUCAUCAGAUGUUUGAGUAGGUUGGCCGAGUGUAUCUCUUCUUCUAACCAUGAGCUUUGAAUCUCAAGAAAAUGCUCUUUUGUACAAUGUUUUUGCCUGUACGGCCAGUUUAAAUAUGGUGGAGAAGAAGCAUAGGACUGUUACUUACACAAUAUGGUGGAAUUAGAAUUAUUUAAUUAUAUGCCUUGUGUUAUUUUGAUUA